GGCUGGGCUGCUGCCCCCAGGCUCGGGUCUCCCGGGGCCGUAGUCAGAGCAGCGCAGCCGGCGCGAGCGCAUCCUCACGCUGGAGUCCAUGAACCCGCAAGUGAAGGCAGUAGAGUACGCGGUGCGGGGACCCAUCGUGCUCAAGGCCGGCGAGAUCGAGCUCGAGCUGCAGCGGGGUAUCAAAAAACCAUUCACUGAGGUCAUCCGAGCAAACAUCGGGGAUGCCCAGGCCAUGGGCCAGCAGCCAAUCACCUUUCUCCGACAGGUGAUGGCACUCUGCACCUACCCAAACCUGUUGGACAGCCCCAGCUUCCCAGAAGAUGCUAAGAAACGAGCCCGGCACAUCCUACAGGCUUGUGGUGGGAACAGCCUAGGGUCUUACAGUGCUAGCCAGGGUGUCAACUGCAUCCGUGAAGAUGUGGCUGCCUACAUCACCAGGAGAGAUGGCGGCGUGCCUGCAGACCCAGACAACAUCUAUCUGACCACUGGAGCUAGUGAUGGUAUUUCUACGAUCCUGAAGAUCCUCGUCUCUGGGGGUGGCAAGUCACGGACGGGUGUGAUGAUCCCCAUCCCACAGUAUCCCUUGUACUCGGCGGUCAUCUCUGAGCUCGAUGCCAUCCAGGUGAACUACUACCUGGACGAGGAGAACUGCUGGGCCCUGAACGUGAACGAGCUCCGGCGGGCACUGCGAGAGGCCAAAGACCACUCUGACCCCAAGGUGCUCUGCAUCAUCAACCCCGGGAACCCCACAGGCCAGGUACAAAGCAGAAAGUGCAUAGAAGAUGUGAUUCACUUUGCCUGGGAAGAGAAGCUCUUUCUCCUGGCUGACGAGGUGUACCAGGACAACGUGUACUCUCCAGACUGCAGAUUCCACUCCUUUAAGAAGGUGCUUUAUGAGAUGGGCCCUGAGUAUUCCAGCAACGUGGAGCUUGCCUCCUUCCACUCCACCUCCAAGGGUUACAUGGGCGAGUGUGGCUACAGAGGAGGCUACAUGGAGGUGAUCAACCUGCACCCUGAGAUCAAGGGCCAGCUGGUGAAGCUGCUCUCAGUGCGUCUGUGCCCACCAGUGUCUGGACAGGCUGCCAUGGACAUUGUCGUGAACCCCCCGGUGCCAGGAGAGGAGUCCUUCGAGCAGUUCAGCAGGGAAAAGGAAUCUGUGCUGGGUAAUCUGGCCAAAAAAGCAAAGCUGACAGAAGACAUGUUUAACCAAGUCCCAGGAAUUCAGUGCAACCCAUUGCAGGGAGCCAUGUAUGCCUUUCCUCGAAUCUUCAUCCCCGCCAAAGCUGUGGAGGCAGCUCAGGCCCAUAAAAUGGCCCCAGACAUGUUUUACUGCAUGAAGCUCCUGGAGGAGACUGGCAUCUGUGUCGUGCCUGGCAGUGGCUUCGGGCAGAGGGAAGGCACCUACCACUUCAGAAUGACCAUUCUCCCUCCAGUGGAGAAGCUGAAGACGGUGCUCCAGAAGGUGAAAGACUUUCACAUAAAGUUCCUGGAGAAGUACGCUUGAGGACGCCUCAGGGUCCAGAGGGAGGCCCGUCCUCGGGUCUUCUCCUGAUUCCCACCUGGGCCAGGCUGAACUCACCUACCCCGUGACCCCGCCUCAGGCCUCACGGAGGUCACUGGUCGCGUUCAUCAUCAUUUUGCCACAGGAGACUUCUUUCUUUGUGCCUUGACGUUGGGAGCACUUCUCUUCUGAGCAAACAGAUUUGCGAUGUCUCGGAGGCCCUGAUUUUUUUCAUGCAACCAAAGUAGAGGGGACUUGCUCAGCAGAUAUGCCUGGCACUCUCCGAAUCUGUUAUUGUUGUUGCUUUUGGAAAGUUCAUUUGGGGUUUUAAACCAGCAGGAUGUGUUGAGUGAGAUGUUUCAGAUCUGGAGAAACAACCAGGUGUGGGGAAAUGUAUAGUUUAAACAUGGUGAGGACUGGAAAUCCAGAACUCACCAACAUGAUCUGUGAAAUAAAACCCUUAGUGGUGUGAAUAUCUAGUCCUUCCAAGAGUAGAGCCUGGAAGUCCAGUGGGGGUUCAGAGAGGGUCCACCAUUCUGGCCUGGAGGUAGAUAGCCUAUCUCAGACGAGAGUGGUGAGAUCGGUAGCACAAGGGUUGGACAGGAUGCCAGGCUAGGUUGUGGUGGUCAUGGGGCUACAGCCAAAGUCAGAGGGUCCUGCGGGGGAGGAGCGGGUGUGAGCCAGGCUCCUUGCUGACCCAGGUGUCUGCUUCUGAACAACACAACGGGUAGUGAGGUCUCUGCACACAAGGGCUUUGGGGAUGAAGGGUUCUCUUGAACAUGCUUAGGCUGGACUUUGGGGACAUGGUACAGCCCAGCAAUAUCCCUGCCUGGUAGCAAGCGGAUUCAUCCCAUUGGUUACCCAAAGACAGUUCUAUCCCAAGGGCUUGAAUGAUCUUUUACACACGUUGCCUCCUGCAACACAGCAACAGGGACAACGAAAGACUGAAAAUGUCCUAAUCCGGGAGGGAGGUGCUCAAGGACUUGACGAACAGUCAAGCCCCUGUAGUUUCUUGAAUUGUUCCAAACUGAAUUUGGCCCGUUUCCUAACUCUUAACUGGUAAAAGUGCCCUGUAUCCUGGCUGCUGUUGAGGAGUACAUGAGAUCUGAUUGGAAGUUUAUUGAAGUAUUUCAGUGCAAAGUGCUUUGCCUUCACGUUAGCUUUUGGCCCCCUUCACAGAUCUUCAGACCGUGUCCUGUGACAUCAGUCGUCUCUCCAGGCCAAAUGAGUAUCAGCCACCAUGCAUGCAGCUUCCCUGUCAUGAGCAAACCUGAACGGGGGCCCAACCCACACCCCAAGGAGGCAGGUGCUCCAGGCAGCAGCAGGCUUAGUGCUCUCUUCCCGUUCAGCUGGAGCCCUGCCCCUCACCAUCUGCCCUCUCCAGUGGGAAUUUAAGGGAGCCAAGGCCAGCUCAGGAGUCUGGGGACCCAGCAAGUCCCAAAAUGGAACUGAAGGAGCUGGAGAGAGAAAUCUGAAGAGGCUAAAGAGUGGGGUUUGAAAGCAGCCUCCUGUGCUAUAAUUUCCACACUGGGUCUAUGCAGGGGGAUGAGAUAGAAAACUUCAAACUUUCAUUACUCACUAGCAUUACAGUGCCCACGAAGAAAGUAGCCACAAUAUCAAAUAACAAAAGGGAAUGUUUUAACUUUUCCUCCCUUGACAUAUUGAAAAAAUUGCACUUUUGCUUGUUGUAUGAUAUAUAGACCAGGAUGGGUCCCAGAGUCAUGAGAUUCCUGGUGGAAAGGUUAAAGAGUAGAAGCUAGUCUAUUUUUUAUAUUUUUGUAACAAUUGCUUUUUUCAUGGGAUGGGAGAGGGUAGUAUUUAUAGUCUUAACAAGUCCAGUAAUUUUUAAUCUCUAAAGAUUAUAAAUAGUCCCAAAAAACUUUACAACGUUUACAUGAUUUUUUAAAAGAUGCCAUAUAACAUUUGAUUUGCUUUUAAAAAUAAAUGAAUAAUAUGGUCCACUAGUUUAGGAAGUUAACUUCAGAUAGGAAUGCUGAUCGUGGUAGAUUGGAUUUUCUGUACAUUCUCUUCUGGUGCCUUUCCUAUUUGGGCACCACCCAGGAAAGUUGAUCGUCACUUGGGGUUGCACUUUGAAUCUACACCUGUGAAGUUUCUGUCAGAUCUGUGUGUGGGUGAUGCCGGGGAAGCUCGUGACCGGCUGUACCUUGGGCGGCCCAUCACCUCACACCUCAAGCCUGGGCUGGUUGUUUCUGUUCUGAUGUGUGGAGUUUUCAGGAAGAGCAGACAGAGACCUGUAUAUGGCUAUUUUCCAGUCUAGGUUCUCACAGGCAUCUCCUAACAAAGGUACUUAAUGAUAGCUCUGCUGGAAAUUUUUGAACAAUAAAAUAUGUGUCCAAAAUGGUGA